AAUAUGUAGCAUCAUUCACUUUGCCAGAAAAUUGGGUAACCCAUUCCCUUCUCCGACUCCCUCGGAUCUUUGAUAUUUUCCAACAAAGAAAAUUUCUUCCAAACUAGAUUUCAUCUUUCCUCCACAAACCCAACUGAAACUUCUCCCUGUUUUCUUUCUUAUCUACGUCAAUUCAAUUUAUUGCUCAUUUUCCUUCACAAAAGCAUUUCAAAGUUGAAACUCUCUCAUUUCUCAAUCCCCCCUUUUCUGUCUGACCAAAAUGGCUGUAGGCAAGGCACGUAGUAAGCGUUCGACCUCUGGUUCUUAUACGUCAACGGUCACAACAGUAGUUUUUGUAGCCUUGUGUGUCUUGGGUCUAUGGAUGUUAACCUCCAAUUCCAUUAUUUCUCCUCAAACCACCGCCCGCACCUCCACCACUUCCUCUUUCUCUGCCUCCGGUGAACGCCACCUUUCUAAGCCUAGUGACAGAAGAGAUCCUCCUGUAUACGAAGACACUGAAGGGGAUCUUCCCGAUGAUGCCAUCAAGUCCGAUGAGACCAAGCCCUUGCAGGCUACCAACGAUGAGGAUGACAAGUCUCAGGAAGAUCAACUGAAAUCCGAGGAAACCCCCAAUGUGGAAGCUGGGGAAGAAAACAAUGAAAAACAAGAACCUGAGCAGGAAACUAGUGGAGAUAACAAGAAUGAGGAGGAGAAUGCGACUGUUGUUGAAGAGAACCCACCUGUUAUACAGAGAAAAGAAUCUGCUGAAGAGGAAGAGAAGCAGAAAGAAUAUGAGAAUCAGGCGUCUGAGGAAAGUGCCCUGACUCAGAACCAACUGGCCCAAGGAAUCGCUGAGAAAAAUUCUGAAGCUGAGGAAACACAGCAAACGAAAGAUGAAGAAAGCAAUGUAAAUCAGGGGGUUGACGAGAAUAAAUCUGAAGAAAAAAAUCAGCUCGAGGCAGAAGUUGAAAAGCGUGAAGCUGAUAGUCAGGAAAACUCGCAAGAAUCUCAAAACCAGAUUACAGAGGAAGAUCAACAACAACGAUUACAGCAGCAGCAACAACAAGAGCAUCAACAGAAACAAGAACAGGAAAAUUCAGACACCGGGAGUGAUGAAACGCUGCAGGAAUCACAGCCAGAGAUUCAAGAGGUAACAAGUCAUGAAACCCAACAAAAUGAAGAAUCCCAACAAUCUCAACUCGCAUCACAGGACCAAGAAUCUUCACAAACAACAGACGAGAAGAAAGCACAAAUUGAAAAUAAAAAAACCCAAUCAGAAUCUAACCAGCAACAGAGAAAUUCCAACCAAGAAGCCAAACAGGAGACAACAACUCAAGAUAAGGCUCCUUCCUCCAGCUCGACCAUUUCUUUCCAGAGCGGGGAAAGCUCUGGGAUCCCUAUAGAGUCUAAAGAAUCAAAGAAGUCCUGGUCAACUCAGGCGGAUCAAUCCGAGAAUCAAAAGGAGAGAAGGAAGGAUGGGCCGGAUGGGCUGGAUGGGACUAUCUAUGGCUACACUUGGCAGCUCUGCAAUGAAACAGCAGGCCCAGACUAUAUUCCCUGUUUGGACAACGAGAAAGCAAUAAUGAAAUUACAUGGUAGGAAACACUACGAGCAUCGUGAGAGGCAUUGCCCAGAGGAGCCACCCACAUGCCUGGUGCCACUGCCGGAGAUGUACAAGUCGCCAGUUGAGUGGCCCCAAAGCAGAGAUAAGAUAUGGUAUCACAAUGUUCCUCACACCCUUCUGGCAGAGGUGAAGGGGCACCAGAACUGGGUGAAGGUGACUGGGGAGUUCCUCACUUUCCCUGGCGGUGGAACACAAUUCAUUCACGGAGCCAUGCACUACAUUGAUUUUAUUGAAAAAGCGGUACCUGAUAUUGCAUGGGGGAAGCGCACACGGGUAAUAUUGGACGUUGGCUGCGGGGUUGCCAGCUUUGGCGGCUAUCUUUUCGAAAGAGACGUGCUUACAAUGUCUUUUGCACCCAAGGACGAACAUGAAGCUCAAGUUCAAUUCGCCCUCGAAAGGGGAAUACCUGCUAUCUCUGCCGUGAUGGGAUCUCAGCGCCUGCCAUUUCCGAGCAGGGUCUUUGAUGUUGUGCACUGUGCGCGUUGUAGAGUUCCAUGGCAUGUAGAAGGUGGUACUCUUCUCUUGGAACUGAACCGGGUUCUGCGUCCUGGAGGUUAUUUUGUAUGGUCAGCCACCCCUGUAUACCAAAAGCUUAAAGAAGAUGUUGAGAUAUGGAAAGAGAUGUCAGCACUCACAGUGUCCAUGUGUUGGGAGCUUGUGAGCAUCAACAGGGAUAAAUUGAAUUCUAUAGGUGCUGCCAUCUAUCGCAAACCUACCUCCAAUGAUUGUUAUGACCAAAGAAAGCACAAGCGUCCUCCAAUGUGUAAAACCGAUGAUGAUCCAAAUGCAGCCUGGUAUGUGCCUCUGCAGGCAUGCAUGCAUCGGGCACCAGUUGAUGGAGCGGAGAGAGGAACACGGUGGCCUGAGGAAUGGCCGCGUAGACUGCAGGUAAGUCCAUACUGGUUAAACAAAGCGCAGAUGGGAAUAUAUGGAAGGCCAGCUCCUGAUGAUUUCGCAUCGGACUAUGAACACUGGAAGCGAGUGGUGAACAAGUCUUAUCUUAAUGGACUGGGCAUCAGCUGGUCCAACGUCAGAAACGUCAUGGACAUGAGAGCCGUUUAUGGAGGGUUUGCAGCGGCACUGAAGGACCUCAAGGUGUGGGUCUUAAAUGUGGUGAACAUAGAUUCUCCAGAUACACUUCCCAUAAUCUACGAGCGGGGUCUCUUUGGAAUAUAUCAUGACUGGUGCGAAUCCUUCAGCACAUAUCCUCGAACCUAUGAUCUGCUGCAUGCUGAUCAUCUUUUCUCAAAGCUGAAAAAGAGGUGCAAAAUUGCUCCGUUGAUGGCAGAGAUCGAUAGAAUAGUGAGACCUGGAGGUAAAUUGAUUGUGAGAGAUGAGUCCAGCGCAAUUGGGGAAGUGGAGAACCUGUUGAAAUCUCUGCAUUGGGAGGUCCAUCUAGCCUUCUCCAAAGACCAAGAAGGAAUACUCAGCGCACAGAAAUCCUUUUGGCGGCCAGACACAUAUGUGGCUUCUUCCUGAAGCAUUUACCACUUCUAUGGAGCUCUAGCAUAGUUUACAGGCAGACAUUCUUGACAUUUUGACAACUCUGUACCAAUGCUUUACUUUGGAUUGUAAUAUUAUUGUUAUAAUAUGCAGCAAGUAAAUUGUAUUUGUUACUGACCAUUGUCAGUUGCAUGUAAAACUGUGAUACUAUAUGUAAGCAAUGCAAAGUAUUGUUCA